AUGGAGAAAUUCCAAUGCGGGCAGUGCCCUCGUAGCUUCAAGCGACAGGAGCAUCUUAGGCGGCACCAAAAGGUCCACGAGACUCAUAAACCCUUCGAAUGCAACAUCUGCCAUAAGGGCUUUACUCGCAGUGAUAUCCUACAUAAGCAUACCGCUAUUCAUGACCACCUUACAGCACCCGCCGCGGAGGGACGCGAUACUGCUCGACGCAGAGCGUGUUUAGAGUGCGCCAAAGCACGAGAGAAGUGCACCAGGACUACACCAUGUCGGAGAUGUUCCAUCAAAUCACUGAGUUGCAUUUACCCAGACAACGCGGAUAAGCAACCGAUCGUGUCCCCCUCAAGGACCGAUAAUGUGUCACUCGUGCAAUCGGGUGGUAGCGUAGGUCUCUCACACAGCGUGCCAUCCAACCAGCACCUUUCGAUAUCACCUCAAGAAGACCCAAAUACGCGGUCAAGUCCGUAUCUUGAAGAUGGAGGAGACACUGCAAUGCAACAGGCACAGCCCUUCGAGUAUGACCUUGGCCCAUGCGAUAUCGACUGGGACUUUCCGAUGAACUGGCUACCGUACAACAACGAGAUCGAAACAAACUACUGCUCGAUACUUGGUCUUGAUAACAGUAUACCUUCAACAGGAUCUUUGCGACCUUCAUGUGGAAAUGAGCCAACCCUGAAUCAACCAACGUCGAACAUGCCUGUCUUCGGUAACACUCCACAAACUAUAUCUACCGUUGGGUCCAUAUCUCAAGGGAACGGCGCAGCUGCUUCACCACAGCUAAGCAUGUCAUCGGAUCGCACAAUACCCGGUGACCUGUAUGCCACGAGCUCGAAUGGAGCACGAAGACCUUGCACGGACCGAUCGAGGCAAUCAUUCCCGCCGCUGGGUGUUGUGGGCUGUACCAAGCUAUGGUCUGUCUCCCUGGAUCCGAGCCUUCAUCACGAGAGUAACAUCUGGGAGUUUCCCGACUUGGAUCACAUAACUAUCGAGGCCACCGAUGGCGUUCGAGAUUUUGCACUAACACAAGUGACUUACGGCAAGAUAUAUGACUCUUUUGAGAAUACAUGUCUGGAAGCCGGCAUCUUUGGGAACGAGUUUACGUCUUCUGAGUUUCCUCCCUUGCCAAUCAUGGAUUAUUGUAUAAAGCUCUUCUUCGAACAUUUCAACCCAAUAUUUCCGCUGGUGCAUCCAAACACGACGGAUCUCAACGCAAACUGGGUACUGGUCCUAGCGAUCUGUGCCGUAGGAAGCCAGUACUCUGCCACCGACGACAUCAACGACUGUGUUUUACCGUUCCAGGAGUUCUUGAGGAGAGUGCUGGUUGUCCACUUGCAACUGGAGAAUUCAGAAAUGGACAUUGCGCUGGCGCAGGCUCUUGUUCUGAGUCAAGUAGGACUACUAUACUACAGCACAAGUAAGUCUCGGCACAUCGGCUAUCAACGAGUAGGUGAUCUACACAAGGUUAUCAAUCUCUACCGACGGUCUCAUACACAAGUGGCAAGCGACGUGAAAGCUCGUCUCAACCAGCGGGAGACGAAUAUCCAUCAGGAGUGGAAGGCUUGGGUUGAAGACGAAACCUUGAAGAGACUUUGUUACUUUAUAUGGCUAUUAGACCGGAUGGGCUGCUACUUCUUCGAUGAUCACCAAGCCUCCACGUUCGAUGUACAAGACAUUGAACUGCCUCACGAUGGGCUAUGGUCCCAGACGUGCUCAUUAGACUGGUCUAAAGUAUACCGACGUGUUGAAGAAAACCCCUCACUUCUAUCCGCUGUCAACACCAUCUUUCGUGACCGAACCGCCAAAUCCGAUCUGGGAGAGUUCUCCCGCAUAUGUCUUCUCCACGCAGUCUACCAAGAAUACUCCGCCGUUAACACCUAUUUCAAACGCCCACUCUCGUCAUGGAUGCCUCAAAACAACCCCGAACGCCAGUCAGAAGAUACCAACCUCCUGAACACAGACUCGAAUUGGCGAAACGCUGCGCUUGAUUGCGUGGAUACGCUGCACUGGGCAGCUAAUGCAACGAUAGCCUCGUUACUAGGGGCUGAGCAUCCUACCGUUCUUCACCUACACUUCUCAAGGGUUGUCCUCCUCGUGCCCAGGACGAUGCUAAUGACUCUGGCAAAUUAUCUGAAAGCCCCGGAGAGUGAGAGGAAGGUGGCGUCUAAUCAGCAAAACGCGUUACAAGCUGAACGGGAGAUUUCGCAGUGGGCUCAGCAGGAUGUGUCGAAAGCACGUCUCGCCGCAUUGCACUGUGGCUGCUUCCUCUGGCAUAUUCGCCGCUAUUCGAAAAUGGCUUUUUACGAGCCGCCCUGCGUAUUCUGGGCCAUCCUCACACUAUGGGCGUAUAGCGUGUACUCUUCCAAGUCAAGAAGAUCCUCUGGUGAAGAGCGAAGUGGAAGCGUAACCCGCCAUGCUUCACCAGACCACAACAAAGCAUACUCGGACGAUGACAGCCCGACAUUCAUCAGGUUGGAUCGGCCUAACGAUGACGAGAUGGUACAGCUAUUUGUUAGAGCUGGUGUAUUGAAGGCAUAUAUAAGUGGUGUUGGAGAUAUCUAUGCCUCUGAAGCGCCAGCCAGGAUUCUGAAAGAGGGCAAAAAGAUCCUUGAGUCAGUAUCACUGGCGUGGGGACGUAGUAGAGAGUAUUUGGAUCUGCUGAAUGCUCUUGGAUGA